AUGUCAAUGUUCGACCUCUCGUCCCUCUCCUCCGCCGCCGCGCAGGACGUCUCGGACGCGCCCGUUCUGGACGAGACCUCGUUCCGCUUGGGUGCAUACCGCGACGGGAGCGUGGUCAAGUUUCGCGGUCUCGUGCGUGAUGUGCAGGACCCCGAGUUCGUGCAACUUGGCGGUGAGACACGUCCACCCACCGACGCGACGGACUUGAUCGAGCGAGUGCCUCUCAUUGUCACUAUAUUCCCCCACGCGACUGACUGGACACAACAGGCGUAUUGUAAAGUGCCACAACUCACUCGGAGUGAUGGUCGUUGCAGGCAGAGUGAAGGUCUUGCACUCUCAAAAGGCAUAAAGCGCUCUAGUGCCGCCGUGAAUGAGCCAGUGACCAAUGGAGUGGGACAGAAGACGGACGAGCUGAACAAUAAGAAGACCAAGGCAGUGGACAAGGACGAGGACGUGCCGAAGAAGGUCGAAGGGGCCACCGAUUGGCUGCCGUCUCCGGCCAUUAGUGCCUACGUCUAUGACGGCCACUACAAGGACGUGCCAAUUGACGCCUUUAAAGUCAAUGAGGCUUUUGAGUUUGUCGGUAUCUUGGACUUGACGGUGCCUAGUUUAGGCACCAAAGGAGACGCUUGGAAGGACGUGCUGAGUGUCGAGCAAAUUGAGGAGCUCCAGAUCUCAGACUGCAUUGAACAAGUGCAGGGCAAAAAAGACCAGGGCAGUGUCGUGCUGCACUGCUGCCACGUUAGCAGCUUGGAGAGUGUGCAGUACGUGCGACCUCAUGAGUCGAGAGAGUUUUACGAGCAGAUCAAGCACAGUAAUGACUCGAGGAGCACCUUUUGUCGUGACGAGUGGGCGAAACUUGGUCACGAGAUGGAUGUGGCUGCAAUGCGUAAACAAUUGCUGGACUACUUGACGCUGGCAGUAGGUGGAGACAUGCUUGCAGCAGAGUAUCUGCUGCUGGGUCUGCUGUCGCACGUGUACUCACGAGCUGAUCCAUCGACACCACUGGGUAAUUUAUCGCUUAAUUUGUCCCUUGACAAGUCGUUGGUGGAUGAACGAAAGCAGGAAUUUAUCGCACGUGUUUACGAGACAUUGGUGCUGCUGAUGCCCAUGGUGGUGCAAGUUGAUUUGUCGCUUGAGGAGCUUAAUUCGAGCCGGUAUAAGCCGUACAAGGACUACGAUCGAGAAGCUUUAGUCAGUGGUGUGCUACAGGUGGCAAAUGGGACGACGAUGCUGGUGAAUGAAACCGCUCUGACUGCGGGACAGCUGAACGAUCAAGGCGUCAAGAACGUCGCGGCUUUACAGUCGCUGGUCGAGAAGAUGCUCUUGCCGUACGAUUUUCAGUACUACGACAUGGAUUUUUCGCAAGACGUGGUAAUUGUCACAGUAUCAGAGGGCAGCACUAUUCUACCCGUGACUGUGGCAGUGCCUAUUGUCAGUACAAACAGUACAACUGCCAAUAUCCAGUCGUCUUCACUACCGGAGGAUCAGCUAUUCGAGUGCUUUCGCUUAUUCCUGUGCGUCUUACGCUCGUCUAUUGUCACGAUUCGAAACGAAGAAGCCGAGAUGGCUGAAAAGCACUACGUGGAGUGCCGCAAAUCUCAGCAAAAAGUGGUGCUGGACGAUCUACACCGGUGGUUACGCCUCGCUCGUCUGAUGGCGCUUAGUCGAGGAGAAGGCAAUAUUUCCAAGGACUCGUGGAAUGCAAUGCUGAUGCUCGAGACCGAGCGUGUUGCCCGUCUUGCAGCUGAGAAGUCCAGUUGA